AUGGAUCCAUCAGAACAACGUCAACGUGAUUCGGAACGGGAUUCGAAUGAAGAAAGCGAGGAACCGCGGUCAUCAGGAAAAACAAUAGAUUCCAGUGAUCAAGAUAGAACUGCUCACGCAGAACCGAACAGAGGAGUGAAACAAGAAAGAAGCGAUGAGCAACCUGGAACUUCCCACCCAACGGGUUCGAGAAUUAAGGUGGAACCGGUUGAGGAAGUCCCGGAGUCGCCAAGAGAGAAUGUUGCUCCUAGAGAACGAACCGCCGCCCCAUUCCAGUUCAAAUCGCCCAGAUUGGAAUCUCGCCCAUUGUCUGACGUCUCACGUGGACCCCAAAUGGAGGAUCCACUUGUAGCUGCUCAGAAGCGACUGGAUUUGAAACAACAAAGAAUCGAUACGCUGAAGCAGCGGCUGAAAGAUCAAGAAAGAGAAUUAACGCUGAAAUUUGCGGAGCAACUGAAGAAAAAAGAAAAAGAGUUGACUUUGAAGCAUGAUAAUGAGCUCCUCUCUCAAAAAGUGAAGUAUUUGGAGGAAAUAAACCAGAAAGAGCAACAAAUUAAUGAGUUGCUGAAAAACCAAUUUCAACAAAAUCAACAGCAACCAACAAUGGCGGUUUCUCAAUACAUGGUGCUUCCUUCUCAAUUUUCAGCUCCACCAGGUCCAGCAAAUCCGACAGAACUCGUCGUGGCUCCAGCUCCGCGUGCUCCAAAUCUUGCUGAUCCAAAUCGAAAAACUUCUGUGAUGCCUCGUGAUACCCCAAUGAAGCCAGUACAGCAGAAUGAGCAACGGAAUAAAAAAAUCGAACAUCAAGUAAAAGAGAGGAGCAGCCAAAGCUUAGCUGGUCUCAACCACAAACGAGAUUUACUUGAAUCGGAUGCACCAGAAAAGAACAAUCUCCGUGAUUAUGAAAUUAGAAAUCAACAAAUGGAUAUUGAGGGAGUCCCGGAUGAAGUGGAGCCCAAUGAAGGGCUGGAUUUAUCAAAUGAGCGACCAGUCGGUGAUCAGGUAGCGAAUGACUUGCCCCACUUGACAGAGCAGCCAGAGGUGGAAGCGGCCCAUGAGGAGCCCAUGGAGGAAGACGAUGAUAUCGCGCCCUUACAGAAUGAAGUUCCAGAAGAAAAUGUGGAGAACAAUGAGGGAAUGGAUGUUGAAGAGCCGGAGAUUCAACCAGCUGGAGGGCUUAGAAGAAGUGCUCCCAAAAAGAAGCCCGUUUCUCUGAUGAAGCUACGGCACGAAAAGAAGAAUAUCAGAUUUCAUUACUCAUUAACAAUGGAUGCUAAUGGUCAACGUGAUUCAGAUGUAGAAAGCGAAAGAGCGUGGCCAUCACCCGCUCCCAAUGUUCCCCAAUUUCGUCUACCAAAUGCAAAAGUACCGAAAAAAAGAGUGAGACAAGAAAGUGAUCAGCCUGGAACUGCCCACGCAGCGGGUUCGAGAAUCAAGGAGGAGCCAAUUGCAGAAGAAUCGAGCAGAAGAAAUAAUCGAGAAAGAAGUCAUCAAGCUCACUCAUCGGGAGCAAGAAUUAAGGCGGAACCAGCUGAGGAAACCCCGGAGUUGGACAGACCUCCGUGCGAGUACACUCCGCAGGGCAGUGUUGUUCCAUCAGACCGAAACUUCCCGAUCAGAGCCGCCGUCCCUUCCCAGUUCAAGCCGCCCAGAUUGGAUUCUCAUUCAUUGGAUGACGUUGCACCCCAAAUGGAGGAUCCACUUCUAGCUGCUCAAAAGCUACUGAAUUUGAAACAGCAAAGAAUCGAUACGCUGAAGCAGCGGCUGAAAGAUCAAGAAAGAGAAUUAACGCUGAAAUUUGAGGAGCAACUGAAGAAAAAAGAAAAAGAGUUAACUUUGAAGCAUGAUAAUGAGCUCCUCUCUCAAAAAGUCAAGUAUUUGGAGGAAAUAAACCAGAAAGAGCAACAAAUUAAUGAGUUGCUUAAAAGCCAAGUUCACCAAAAUCAGCAGCAACCCACAAUGCCGGUUCCCCAAUACAUGAUGCCUGCUCCUCCUCUAUUCAUGCCGACUCCACCAACUUCAUCUGCAAGAAAUUUCACAGUUCCAGUACCAGAUUCAAUUCAUCCAAAUGUGCCAAAUCCACCUCAACUCGUGGCUCCAGCUCCCUGCCCUCAAGCAUCAAUUCCAGCUCCACGUGCUGCAAGUCCCGCUGAUUCUGGCCGGAAAACUUCUGUGGCGCCUCGUGAAAGCUCAUCAGAGUCAAUGGAGCCCCCACAGAAAAAGAUGAGACGCGAUGACCGAGAAAUGGACCAUCAAGUGAAGGAUAGAAGCAGUCAAAGCUAUGUUGGACUGAACCAGGAACGAGAUUUACUCGAUUCGAAUCGAGAAGAUAAUCUCCAAGAUUAUGAAGUUGGAGACCAACCUGAGGAACCGCAAAUCCAGCGUUUCGAUGAAAGUGGAGACCAACGAAUGGAGAUUGGAGGAGUCCCGGAUGUAGUGGAGCCCAACGAUGAUCAGGAAUUAACCAAUGAACCACCAGUCGGUAAUCAGGAAGAAAUUGAAUUUCCCGACUUGGGGAUGCAGCCAGAGAUGGAAGCGGCCCAUGAGGAGCCCAUGGAGGAAAACGAUGAGAUGGGCCCUCCACAGAAUGAAGGUUUAGAGCUCGAUGGCAAUGGAGAGGUUCAACCAGCUAUUGGGCGUAGAAGAAGUGCCCGUGAAAAACAUCCGGUUUCCUUGAUACAACCGAAGUACGGAAAGAACCAUAUCAAAAAUCAAAGGCAAGGCGAACACAAAAGAUACAAAGCGUUGCAUGGUGGUUCCUACAGAAAAAAUAAGAGAAGAUGUAAAAAACGUACUGACCCAACGGAUGUAUAG